AAUACUUUUAGUACCCUCAGUAAAUGUGUUGGUUCAAAUUCAAAAUAAAAUAAACACUUUCAUCUGCCCUGCGCCUUCGCCUCUUUUUUCCCGCCAACAGUAACAGAAACUUGAGACAUUUUCAGUUGAUUUUUUUACUGCCACUGAUAUGGAUCCUCCUAAUGAAAAUAAAGACAAGCAGUCAUCCGUUUUGAUGGACAUCAUCGACAUCGAGGAUGUUGCGCCUAUUGAGUUACCCAAGAAGGCAAAUGAUAUCAAUUGGAAAGUUCUUAAAAACUUUCAGACAGCCUUAAAAUGUUUUGAUUCAACUGAGCAAGCGGAAAAAGCAAUUCAACAUGUUUUCAACAGCCUCCCUUCAACUGAGACGGAAACUGAAAAUACUAGCAUCGCAAGAACUGUGCCAGUUGCUGCAGAUGUUUUGCUUCGUAUGAUGUCAGAUGCGGAAUUAUGGGCUUCUUCGCUGGUCCACAUUGUGCAUCUUUUAUCUUCCAGUGUUCCGCCUAAUUUGUAUCGACAGAUGAAAUCUGAUAGGAGAAUCAAAGAGAUUUUAAUGAUAAAUGCAGAUUUCCAGCUGCCAUCACCCUUGGUUCAGAGACAAAAUUUUCAUUUCUAUAGAUUUAUAAAGGAGGUUGAUGAGAAUACGUGGAUCAUGUUUGACAUAUCUACAGACUAUUUUCUGGAUAGCUCUGAUGGCUCAGUUGGGCAGAAAGUAUGGAGGCGUCGGUCAGGGGUGAUAGUCCAAAAGUCAAAUGACAGCUCCAAGGACUGCAGGGUUCACUGGGUUGAAAAUGUACAAUCUCCUGGAACCAAUCUGCAAGAUAAUCAUUCCGCAGUGAUAAACUCAAAAGGGUGGUUCUCUGCAAAUCGUUGGCUGAGCACGUUGAUAUGGUCGUUAAGGCGAAGUCAAAGUAGUUUCACUAUUAAUAAGAUGAAUGUGAAUGCUCAGAAUCUGUUGCUGACUUUAACUGUGAAGAUGAAGAUGGUUUUUCUAGACAUUGUGAGUGUGACUCCUGAUGACAGGAACUGGGUUACUUUGUCGAAUGACAACAAUGUCAGGGUUAUGAGAAGUAGAUAUGAUACUGUUAGCAUUCCUGGCACAUACUCUUACAUUGCUGUGACUACCUUUCAACUCAAAACAACUCCUUCUAAAGCUUAUAAUUUCCUAAUGCAGCAUCUUGUAGAGAUACAGUGGCCAUGGCCAAUGACUCCGCUUGAGGCAAAGAGUUUCAAGGAACGUGAAGAGAUGAUAAAAUAUGAAUCAGAGAGCAAUCAUAUUACUGUACUAAAGAGAAGCGGACCAAAUGAAGAUGAAUAUCUACUGCAAGAAGCUUCAAUGGAUGGCUUAUUUAGCUAUGUUAUAGCAGCACCAAUGACUGAGAGAGAAAUUCAUUCUAGUCUUUUGCGUGGCAUUGAGGGAGAUGGGAUACUACACCCUGCUGGUUUUUCCAUAUUACCUGAAAAUCCCAACUCUGAGUCCUCACUAGUAACCUUUGCUGUGAGGCAGCCAGUCAAUGUCUCUAAAACCGAGAACGAUGCAGUUGAGCCGAUGGAGAUUGUCAUUGGUUGCAUGAUUCAAGAUAUUCAGGAAUUGCUGCAGAGCACCGAGACAGAUGACAGUGAAUAAUCUGUAUAGCUUGCUUAAUGCUAUUACUGGUUAUUGCCUUUUGAUAAAUGAUUUUUAAAACUCUGCUGUAUAUACAGUUUGUACUGCUUAUAAUACUUGAACCUACAGAUUGUUGUAAUGAUGUAUAGGGUAUAAAAUGCAUCACUCUGGAAAAGUCAUCUACGAGUAUAAUGAUACAUGGCAUUUUGAAGUUUGUGGUAUAUAACACG